UGUAAAAUUUUACUUUUGCCAUUUCAAUUGAUAUUUAAUAAAUUUAUACUGCUACAGCAUGCAAAAAUGUCUGCUUUGCUUAUCCAUGAGCGAGUUGUUUAUAACUGUUAAUUCAUUACAAUGGCAAGAAUUUCGCGUAAAGUAUAUAAUUAAUAAACAUUUAUGGCCGAUGGAAUAUAUAAUUCCCACAUCGGGAGUUUGCAAGAAGUGCUGGCAAGAACUUUAUGGGUUUCACAAAUUCUUUAAUGACAUACAAGAGUCUCACAAACAAUUGGGACACAUAACUACUUUUAAAAAUGUGGACUUACAAGAAUCUAAAGAAGAACGCGAAAAUGAAUUUGAAAACAUUGCCGACAUACAAUUUGAACCAGAAAUAAUACAGCUCUCCAAAGAAUUUGAAUUUGAAGAAAAUAAAACUGUUAUUAAACAAGAGCAUUGUGCAGAUUUUAGAGCAGAAGAUCCAUUAACUGAACUAGAUGAAUUGGUAUCAACUACAGCAACUAACAAAAAUGUCUCAAAAAAUACAGAAUUUCUGAAGACUGAAACUGAUAGUUGUGAGACCGAUUUAGUUAGCAGCUUCGAAGGAGCUGCCAUUCUUCUUAAUUGUCCCUCCGAUUCGGAAAUAUUAGAAAAUAAUGAAUGUACUAAGGAACCGAAUAUUAAUGAAUACAAAAUUGAUGAAAUGGAUAAAUUCAUUACAGAAAACUUUAAUAUCACCUGUUGUUUAUGCCAUACAGCUAUGAAAACAUUCCAUGAAAUGUGCCAACAUUUCAAAAUUCAACAUAAAAUUCGUGGAUAUGUUACAUGUUGCAAUAAAAAAAUAUUUAGGCGCUGUUAUCUACUGGAUCACAUAAAUUUUCAUUUAAACCCAAACUAUUUUAAAUGCAGUCAAUGUGGUAAGGUCUUAGCAGAUCGUCUGUGCUUAAAAUCCCAUCUAAAGACGCACGAGGAUAAUGUGUCGAAAAAUCAUUGCUGUGAUAUUUGUGGUAAAAGUUUUAUGUGCCAUUCGAAAUUAAAAAUACACAAGACAACACAUUUGCCCGAAGAUGAAAAACAAUUUUCAUGCUCAGAAUGCGGAAAAAAAUUUGCCAACAAAUACCUACUUUCAAAUCAUGUACAUGCAGUACAUUUAAAAGUUUAUGCCAAAAUAUGCGAUAUUUGUGGUAAAUCUUUAAGUUCAACAGAUGAUCUUGAACGUCAUAUGCUAGAUCAUGAAGGAAAACCAGCACCCACCUUUAGUUGUGACAUAUGUGGACUAAUUUUGACCAGUAUGAAAGGUUUGAAACGCCAUAAAAAUACAAUACAUCCAGUAGGUGGACAUCAAGAAUAUACCUGCUCAAUAUGCUCAAAAAUAUCACCCAAUGUUAUGGCCCAUAAAAGACAUGUCAAGUUUUCGCAUGUAAUGGGCUAUGACCAUAAGUGUAAAAUAUGCGAGAAGGCUUUUAAAAAAGCAAGAACUCUAAAGGUAAAGAACAUAUGGCUACACAUACCGGCACAGUUUUAUAUACAUGUACUUGGUGUCCAAAAACGUUCAACUCAAAUGCUAAUAUGCACAGUCACCGCAAAAAGAUGCAUCCUGUGGAAUGGCUAGAGGCAACUAGUAAAAAGUAUUCAGGCAAUUUACCUCCCAAAAAAUAAAGACGAACAAUACGGGUCUACACCAUUUUCAAUUGAAAUUGAGAGCAUUAUACAUGAUAUUGAGAAAAUUGCAAAAGAAAUUAAGAAAAUUCCUAAUGAUAUUGAAAAUUUUAAAUUGAGAAAAUUCCAACUGAAAUUAAGAAUUCCAAUGUGAAAUUGAGAAAAAUUCAAAUCAAAUUUAGAAUUUCUAAUAAUUUUGAAAAAGAAUCGAUGUCAUUGUUUUCAAUAAAAACAAAAUUUUAUUUUUUUAACGUA